GUUGCACAUAUUUGUUUAUUAUUUUUUUUCUUCCUUUGUUUGUCUUGUGGUGGCCAUAACACCAGGAACCAACAAAGAUGUCCGUUCACCGUUUUAAUUUGAAAAUCUUAACCGGAAGUGAGUUUAGGUCCUAACAGUCUUGACGUUGGUGCGGUAAAGUUGAGUGUGCUGAGCCUUCAAACAAGUCAGGCGGGGGAAGAAAAAAUACGUCCAACAAGUUCUGCGCAUCCUCUAUUCCGCUGUCAAAACGGUUUAGCUCAGACUCUCCGGAGACAGGAACGCUUUAAGAAAAACAUGGCUACUUUCUCAGCCUGGUUUUGGAACGAGAGGUUUUGGCUGCCGCACAAUGUAACCUGGGCGGAUCUGGCAGACCCAGCUCCCGGGGUGGAGUAUCCCAAAGCAGGACAUUUGUUGACUGCCUUACCGUUAGCUUUGGGGAUUUUCGCAGUUAGAAUACUCUUCGAAAGAUUUAUUGCCAGUGCCUGUGCCCGGAGGCUGCACAUCCAGCCAGGGGCGGGAAGAAGAGCUCAACCCAACGCAGUGCUGGAGAAAGUGUUUAUAUCAAUCACAAAGAACCCAGAUUCCCGGCAUCUGGAUGGCUUAUCCAAGCAGCUGGACUGGGAGGUGCGAAAGGUCCAGCGCUGGUUCAGGCACCGCAGGAACCAAGAUAAACCAAGCACACACACAAAGUUCUGCGAGAGCAUGUGGAGAUUUACAUUCUAUUUGGGUAUAUUUACCUAUGGGGUGCAGUUUUUGUGGCAGACCCCUUGGAUGUGGGACACACGGCACUGUUGGUACGGCUACCCCUAUCAGGUCAUGACUCGGGGUCUUUAUCUCUACUACGUGACAGAACUGGCUUUCUAUUGGUCCCUCAUGUUCUCCCAGUUCAGGGACAUAAAAAGGAAGGACUUCCUCAUAAUGUUCGUCCAUCACCUGGCAACAGUCGGCCUCAUCAGCUUUUCUUACGUCAACAACAUGGCACGAGUAGGAAGCCUUGUGCUAUUUGUCCACGAUACCUCGGAUUUCCUGCUAGAGGCAGCAAAGCUGGCCAACUACGCCAAGUCCCAGCGCUUGUGCGACUUCCUCUUCAUUUUGUUUGGUGUGGUCUUCUUUAUUACACGACUCGUCAUUUAUCCAUAUUGGGUCCUUAACUCCACUAUGUUUGAGAGCUGGACAAUAGUCGGGCCGUUCCCGUCUUGGUGGCUCUUCAACUUCUUACUGCUGGUUCUCCAAGUUCUGCACAUCUUUUGGUCAUACCUCAUAGCUCGCAUUGCGAUCAAAGCUAUGCUGAGAGGGAAGGUAUGCAAAGAUGUUCGCAGUGAUGUAGAGAGCAGCUCAGAAGAUGAAAGCAACACUACCACAGGCGGCUCCAAGUCUACCCACCUCUCCUCGAAUGGAGAAAACGGCACAAACGGCCAUUGUGCUGCUGUUAAAGCACGGAGGCAAAACCACAGCAGCUGGUGAUACGGAGCGAACGCAACAACCCACCUGCAGCCCCUCCCCUCACAGGGGAGCACGUUUGUGAACGGCUGGCGGGCGCACACUGACACCGCUGUGCAGUCGCACAGAACUUCCUGUAAAGACGUGGAAAUCAACUGAAGCAUGUGAUUUUUUUUGUACUUCUUUGGAAAUGUCUGUUUUGUGUUGCUUUUGGUCGCAGAUGUUGGGCGGUUUCAAUGUUCUCUCCCAGUUUUAGUGGUCAGAUGAACUUGAUUAUUUUUGUCUCAAAGGGGUUUAUUCUUAAUGGAUUUCCACAGCAGGUGAUAAACAAAAGUAAUGAGUAAAUAGUUUUCUUGUAGCUUUGGUUUAUCAGCUUUAAAGGAACAGCUGCUCUGUGACAGGAAAACUGUUGGCCCAUCUUUUUUCUCCAGUUCAUUGUGGAUUCACUGCUUAAAUUUAUUGUUGGUUUUUUUAAGCUGUUUUACUGUUUUUUUACUAUUUUUCUGAGGCCACAUUUGUAGGAAAUGUGUCACUUAAAACAAUCCAGGGUUGAGGACCACUGUUUACUGUGUUCCCACUUGAGUGCCUGUACAGAUGUAUUUUAAAAUAAAUGUUUUUAAAACAGGAUUUUGCCACUCAG